AUGGCGUCUCAAGUGGUCCCCGUGCUCACCAAGCUCUUCGAAGACUACCAGAAGACGACGUCGUCGAAGCUGAAGAUCAUCGAUGCCUACAUGGUGUACAUUCUGCUCACCGGCAUCUUCCAGGUAUACAUUUUCUUGUUAUUUUUGAAACGACGGCAAUAGAACCUGUGUUUUUGCAGUUCAUCUACUGUCUUCUCGUCGGAACGUUCCCGUUCAACUCAUUCCUCUCCGGAUUCAUCUCGACCGUCACGUCCUUCGUUCUAGCCUGUGAGUUAUUGAAAACCAGCUAAAAAUCCGCAAUAAAAAUGCUUUCAGCGUGUCUCCGAAUGCAAGUGAACAAGGAGAAUCGCUCGGAGUUCACAGCGGUCUCGACUGAGCGCGCUUUCGCCGACUUCAUCUUUGCCAACCUCAUUCUCCACCUCGUCGUUGUCAAUUUCUUGGGAUAA